CUCGAUUCCUUGUCCUAUUGGGCCCUGGGCUCUCAGCUUCACCAGUCUCUCUAGUCCAAUGUGGAGACUGGAGCUCUGGUCCUCAGUUUUCUGCCUCCUGUGUGCACAUGUUGUGGCUGGGACACUGAAGCCUGGGAAAAGGGAAUAAGGUAGGGCCACCUCAGAUUUGGUUCCUCAUUUCAGAGUUCAGCUAAACCUCCGUAUUCCCGACGUCAGCCAAAAAAGAAAACUCUUUUAGUCUCCACCACCCGCCUUGAGGGCUGAAACAGAAAUCAAUGAGCUCCGCCCCCCACCAAGAAAACUCGGACCGCCCGCUGUUCGGCGCAGCUGCAGCUGAUGUCGGCCUGGCGCAACGCAUGCGUCGUAGCACGGGGUCCUUUUCCGCUCUUUUCCAGCGGUGUGAGGGGCCGUUCGGGCGCAGUUAGAACUACCAUUCCCAGCAUCCUGCUCGGCGCGAGGAAGGCAGGCCGGGACGUUGCGAAAGCGGCUGCGGGGAUAGCGGGCCCGAGCGGCACGCUCCUCCUUCGGAAGCGGUUAUUCCCCUCUUUCCGCCGGCGGCGUCGCGGCGUCGGCGCACACGCAGGGGCGGGUCACAGUGGAGCGACGCCGGGCUGGGCGGGAAGGGAGUCGCGGUGGCGGCGGCGGCUGCGGCGGGGGCGGCGGCGGCAGCAACGGCAGCAGAAGCGGCGGCGGGGGCAGCCAGAGCGGCGGUGCUCUCUGGCAGUUGGAGAAAUGGGAGACCCAGGGCCUGAGAUAAUAGAAUCUGCUCCCGCAGCCGGGCCUGAGGCGUCUGAGUCAACAACGGAUGAAAACGAAGAUGACAUUCAGUUUGUUAGUGAAGGACCAUUGAGACCUGUUCUGGAAUACAUUGAUCUGGUUAGCAGUGAUGAAGAAGAGCCUAGCACUUCUCAGAGUGAUAGAAUGCCUGAGUCUAAGGUGCCAUCCUCUGAGAAUCAUCGUCCAGAAAUGAGCUCUAGCUACAGUGUACCUCUUCCCAGUGGAGACGGCAGCUCCUCCUCUGGGAGUUGCACCAGCAGUCCACAAAGGAUAGUUUCUCAAUGUUCUUCUGUUGAGAAGCCAUUGGAGAACCAGAAAAAUGAUCAGAAUAAUUCAGAUAUUAAGAUUUCUGAGACAGAGGCACUUAAAUCAUCUCAAAAUUGUCAGACUCUGCCUUUAUCUCCACUCCUGGUCCCCCAAGAAUCUUUGGCCUCUUCAGAGGUCAAGGAGGAUUUACCUGUAGAGUCUUCAGCUUCACAGCUUGGACAGGAUGCUAUUCUCUAUCUCCAGACACAAGUGGCUGAGAUGUCCCGAGUGAUACGUGAUCUCCAGUCCAGGAGCUGUUUUAGAUUUCAUCAUUCUAGGCCAAGUGAGAACUCAGCACCUUGGGACAUUUCAAGCUCCAAGGAAGAAAAUCUGUCCACAGUGGAAGAAGAAACUGACUGCAAAUCCCCCUCAGCUGAUGACAAGGGGCAACCAACUGACCCCAGUCAGUCUAGUUUCACAGGUCUUUUGAAAAGAAUGGAGCAGAGAGGUGUUAUAAAGAGAGUGACAUUACAGUCUGAAGCAGAAUCGUGUGAAGGGAAACCUGAUUUUGUGACCUCUAAGAAACGUUUGGUUCCUCCAUUGCAUCCUCUUCUGAGAAUUGCUACCACUGAGGUUUUUAAAGACCCUGCUGAUUGCCAUCCUUCUUCCUUCAUGGGACAUAGGGUCUAUCCUGUGGCCAAGGAUACCUCUCCUUUCCAACCAAAUCCUCCAGCCGAGGGCCCCAUUGUGGAAGCGUUGGAGCACAGCAAAAGGGGAAGCACAACAUCUCCUCUAGAUUCUACCUCAAAAGAAAUGGAGGUCAUGGGUUGUAGAUUCUACCACGCUGCUUCUAUUGCAGCCCGAGCUGCUAGCUACAUGGCCUAUAUGACUCAGUAUCAGCGAAAACUCUGGGAAGAUAUGGAGGAUCUGGUCCAUGAUCCCGAGUUUGAUCGUGGAAAAGCAAGAUGUAUAAUAUCCGAUGGCAUGGAUGCAGGCCUUUGGCAGCUUUGUACUACUAGGGACAUAAUGGACUCUGUUGUCAGAGUUAUGGCAAUGGCAAUAGACUACAGAAGGCAAGCCUGGCUCCGGCUUACAUCGCUCUCUAAGAAAACCCAGGAGAAGAUCUCACACUUGCCCUUUGAUGGUACUUCCCUCUUUGGACAGGAUGUGAAUGCUAUUGUUGCAGAAGAAAACAGUGUAAAAGAAAAUGACUCUAAAGACCACAACAAAUACUAUAACCAGCAUCGAUACUUCUAUAGUCAUGAUCAGAAAGCACAUUAUCACAACAGAGGAUACUCCAAAGGGGAAUGGUACAAACCCCGAAAUCACCCCUAUAGAUAUAGAAAAAAGGGGGACUCUCCAGAACGCCAUGGAUAUAAGAAUUAAUAAUCUUUCAUGUUCAGCAGUAAAGCCACCCAGGACCCUCACUAUUUUACUUGCUCUUCCCCAUUUACACAGGAUCUACAGGUAGGCGGUCACCUCAGAAACUAAAUGCACAUCUGGAAUGACCACAGCUGACAUUUGAAUUCUGGAUUUUUGGAAUGAAGUAUAUAAUAGACUCAUACUUACUGGCCAAGUGAGCAGUAGAGACCUUCACUUAAGUAGGGUUGGACAAAGGUUUACCACAUACUUCGGGACCAAAAUAAGUCCAGAGGAGGAUCUCAGGUAUUGGAAUCCUCCUGUAAUUAAAGAAAAACCUAAAGAUUUGUUCCUCAGCAAUAUCUUACUGGUAAACCGAGGACUAGCAGAUUUUAGAUCUGGAAAUAACCUACUACUAGAUCUCUGUUUACUAACACCAGAGGAAAACCCUUUGUUUUUAGUUUAUCAGUGCUUCCUUGUUCAGGUUUGAGCUUGUUAGAUAUUCACAAAAUGGCACGUUGGUUACAGUCUCUAAGUCAUGAUGGUCAGUCAGCUCACUGAAAGAGUUCAUACUACUCAAGCUCUGUGAGACUUUAGAAUCAACCAUGAAGCUGUGUAUCAAGAACUGGAAUUCAAAUUCUGCCAAGCCCAGUUUGCUUCCAGUGGAAUGGUUAGAUGUCACAAUGAUUACAGUGUGGAUUACUGUGGACAAAAGUUGGAAAAAGACUUUCCUACCUGUAACAUCUAUAUAGAAAUUUUCAUCGUAACUGUCUCAUCAAGACUGAUGGCUACUGCAUCAUAACCUCUCAAAGCUACAUGUGAGAGAAUUCUUUGUGGUCAUCACCCCUAAGUGUUUGACCUAUCAAGCUCUCAUAAAUCAACAAAGCUGUGAGACCCAGUCAUGGUGUCCUCAGGCUUUUCACCAAGAUCACCUUCUUACACCUACCUUCUAAACAGUUAACUUUUUUGAGCUUGAUAGUUCAUCACAUUCUCAAUACAAAAAGAUAUGCACAUUAGUGCCCUCAAAAUAAAGGAUGUUACACCCUCCAGGCAUGAAUUCUUUAAAGAGCAAGAAUUCCAAACAUGCCUGACAAUCUGGUCCUCUUCAUGUAAUAAAGGGGGAUGUCAUCUAAUUUAGAUGUUGAAAAAUUCUUAAGAUUAGAGUAUAACUGUGGAUGUAAUAAAUAGAACAUGUCACAUAGUUCUGUUUCUGGUUCUCUAUUAAUGAUUUCUUGAAAGUCUGAAAUCAAGACUCCAGUGACAUGUUCUUGGUUUAUUGGCCCCUUAAUCUAGUCAGACUCUUACCAUGAGAGAUGACUUAUGUUUUUGCUCCUGAUUGGUUCCAUUUAUAGUUCUCUGCCAUACUGCAACUGGCAGCAGGUACCUCAGUUAUAUGUCCCAUAGUAUCUUUUUAAUCUCAAGGCAGUGGCUGUAUAGUACAUCAGCCUUUAGUUCUUUGUCUUCUCAGCAUGACUUCAGAAAUGGAGAAAAUGUCAAGUUUGAGGGGUCUGAAUAUAUCACCUAGUAUUUGCUUGGCAGCCAAAAAAGAAUUAUUGACAGACGUAUAAUUUUGUAACUUAUUGGUUUGUCAAACAUCUGCAUUUUUUUGUUAUUUGUUUGAUCAAAGUAUUUUGGGUCUACUGUUAAUGGAAUAUACAGUACUUCAGGUUUCAUGUGGUUUCUAGUUCCUGCCAUAUUUCUUAGUUCUUGCAGAAUAGUGAUUGCCAUUUUUCCUGGUGCCCUACUUUCUAAUUGUAACCAUUGUAGUCAUAUUCAACACUUUAUCUACUUUUCUUUCACUCCCUGUUUGUGCUAUAGAGAUCGAAGACGCCAGUAUCCUUACUUGAAAGAAGUUACUUUAUUCUGUCAGAUAAUUUCAGGGUACUGUAUUGGUCCUGUUUGUCCUGUUUGCAGAUUAAGUUUAUACUGCAGUCUUGAUAGAGGAGAUAAUCUUGCAAAUUUUGUCAUCAUAUCUCAAGUUAAUGUUUACUUUUAUUUUUCUGUAUUUUCCACAAAGUUUUCCUUGUACUUUUUGAGGUCCAUGCCAGUGAUCUAGAAACUCUUUAAAAUUGAUCUCUAUUGGAAGAACAUGGAUUACCUGAAAAGAUGGGUCUGAAAAAUCAUACAGAGGUUAUAGUUCGUGAUAUUUACUACACCAGUGAAAUAGUCUCAUGUGCCCUUAACAUGACACUGUAGUUUCUUCUGGGAAAGGACUCAGCUGGGGAACUCAUGGAUAGAGAAACCUUGUGGGGUUCUUUUACAUGACUGCACGUGGGUGCUCCCAGCUAGCUAAGGCUACUGCAUACCACUCUCACCUUUCCUUUUCUCCUGUGUCCUUCUCUGAAUUAGAUAAUUGGGUCACAGACCUGAUGAUUUUUGAGGCACUCUUAUUUUCCAAAAACCAAACCAAAAUAAAUGCUUGAGGAUGUGAUUCUGUGAAACUAUUUUGGCACUACCACUUAAGAUGCUCCUCUGCUUAAGUUUGUGUUUUUUACAUUGUAGGUUUAAAAAAGAGACAAGGUUUACCAUCUUAGUCUUUAAGUGUACAGGUCAGCAGUGUUAACUGUAUUUACAUUGUUCUGUAGCUUUUUUCUUAAAUAUUUAUAAAGCAGCAUUGCUAUUUUCUUCCUCCUGUGUUAUGUUGCUCAAUAAUUAAAUAACAUUCUUUACCACACUUGAAUUGAUGUACUCAAGCAUCUCCAGAGAAUUUUCCUAACAGUAAAAUAUAGUGAGAAAUUGUAUUGGUGAUCAAGUAGGUGAAGGAACUUGACAGUUGAGUGGAGGUGGGGAAGAAGGCCUUAGAAUGGGAACAGCAUUUAGCUAUUUGAUGGGUCUCUUGACUGCAGAAGAAACAAAUAACAUUAACCUGGUUCGGUUUUUAAAAAUCAUUUUAAAACUUUCUCUGGCAUACUUGAAUGACAACGUUGUUACAAAACAAAAUGGGGACUUGGUGUAGGGGGAACAACCCCAGUAGUGUAUGGAAUCAUAAUUAGUCAGAUAAUAAGUUUUCAUAUUGUGCCUGCCAUAUGCAGAGCCUGUGACAGAAUUGUCCAUUAAGCCAACCUCUGAUGUUUAAAUACCUCUAGGUUUUCUAGGAGGCCUUAGAAUAAUGGCAAGUUUAAUGAUCUGGUAUUCUUAGAAGGGAUGUGUUAUAAUGAUCCUUUUUCUUCAAAACGUAACUUCUUAACUAGAUGUACAAUAUGUGGAGACAAUGUGAUUUCUUAUUACUGUGUACAAGAAAAAUUGUUUAAUUGUUAUAUGAAGUGCCUUUUUAAAUUUUACACUAUUGUUUAAAACUUAAUAUUUUGAUUUCUUGCAUAUGUUGCCACUGAUAUUUAUGUUUAUUCUGUACAGUGAUUAUAAAUUAUGUAGAUUUUUCAUCUGUACAAUUGCACUAUCUAAAUGUACUCUCCUUCUGAAUGUUUGUUUUCUUUAUAGCACCCUUGAUCUAUUUCAGAAGGUUGUAGAGUAUGCCCCUCCCCCUUUAUUUAAAUAACUUCAUGGUAGUUCUUUUUAGUUAUUAGUAAUUGUCUCAAGUUUUCUGGGCAUUAAAUUAAGGCAGCGUUUUGUUUUCUAUCUGUAGGCUCUAAGUUUUCUGUUUUAAGUCAUUUGUCUUAUCUAACAUUCUUAGCCAUGGUAACACAACUUAUAUUUGAUAAGUGGAUGUGUUUACUUGGUAAAAAGAAACAAGGACAUAAGGAAAAAAAGCAGUAAAUUGCUGACACUGCCUUUUUUAAAACUCAUAGUUUCCUCAGUAUAAUUGCAUUGAAGCUUUUUUGUUUUUAACUGUCAUCUUCUUUAUCAGUUCAGCAUGAUUGUGUUUAUUUACUUUACCCUCAAAAUGACAUUUUGAGGUGAGCAUGAACUCUUUCAGGCUACUUGGAUACUAUUUAGUAUAUUGUAUUAGUCUGAUACUAAUAAUUUACUGAAUAAUACCUAAGUGACCUAAUGGAUUAUGUCCUUAAGGGCCCAAUACAUCCAGGAUAACCUCUCAGGUACUGUAAACAAGGAGGUUGGAAAAGGCACAAUCCAGAAUCCCUUCUACGUGUAAAAUUGGAUGCAGAGUUAAAUGACAUGAAUGAACAGUUAAAUGCCACAUUCAGUAUUAGUUGACUGGGAUUCUGAUGAAGGUUAGAAAUUAUGGAUUAGAUCUUUGUAGAAAUAGUUUAAAGAUUGCAAUAACUGAAAACUUUUGUUUUUUUAAUGUGAGGUGUGUUUUGCCCAGGACUCGCAUUAUUUUGGUUCCCUCAUCUUUUGAAAUUUACUAUUCUUUACUUAACGUUAGUGGCUAGUUCAGUAGUUGAUUGUCAUAUGUAUGCAUCUUUUUCAUGUCAUUCAGGUGGCCACAUCCAUUCUAUAUAGUUUUUCAUUAUUGGAUACAUAAACCAACCAGUUAUUCAUUUUUCACUUAAGAAAAUAUACAGGUGGAAGUCAUCAGUAACUGAUAAUGAUCAAUGUAUUGUGUGUCAAUCUUUUGUUUCCAGGUAUAAUAAAUUUUGUAAGCCAUUAAGAUACUCUCAUGGUAUUUCCCUUCCUGGCUGAAUGAUGAGAAAUUGUUUCAUUAAAUCUUUUUUUCCUCUUAUGAUUAGUGGAAUGAUAUUUUUUUACUAUGUCUUUUCAUUUGUUUGACUCUACAGUAAUGAAAACUUCUUUAUAGUAGUGUUUGAUACUGUUGAGAUAUCUUAUUACUGGAAGUUAAGUUUGCUCCAUGAAGUGAUCACAGUCCAACCACAUCCUUUUGAUGUUAGCAUAUCAGUUACUUCAUUCUUUGUAUUGAUCUUUUUUUCUCCUUUAUGUAAUGCCUCUUUCUGAAAGGGUAUUCGAUUUUCCCUUAAUCUCUUCAAUGUAGAUUAUAUUUUUUAUUCUACCAGUAUAUACUAGCCAGGAUUUUUAUGUGGCUUGCAUUUGUAUAUUUAAGUACAUUGCUUUCAGCAUUAUUGUAAAAGAUUUUCCUAGUUUUCUCUUAUAGUGUCCUUUUUUUCUUUUAAAGUAGUCAGUCUGGUCUCUCAAAACUAUUCUGUCUCUUGAACUCCCAUCAACUUUUAAUGCUUUCUUGUUUAAUGGUAGUAUUAUUUUUUCAUUUCUACAUAUUCUUCACACAAAUAUAUUAUUACAUAGAGUUUGUGGUCAGUUGUCUCUUUUCUGGUAAUAAUAAUUAUAAGCCCAUCACUAUAGAUUGAGAGUAUAGCUCUUGACAUAUAUUGUCUUAAAGUUAACCAGUUUUCUCUAGAUCUUAAGGGCUGUACUUGGUUUUGUUGAGGUAACUAUUUCACAUGGUCUGUUGGACUUUGUGAUGCCUUGUCAAGAAUUCAACGAGUUCUCAGGUUGUCUGUACUUUCUUUUAUGACUUUGGAGACCUCAAGUUGUACUGAGUUUUCUAAUAUCCCUGAGUAUAUUCCUUGGUAGAAGUGGAAGUAAAUGCUUUUGUAUCUGGUGAGACUUUAAAAAUUCUCCUUUGACCUUAAGUGCUUCAGGUGUUAUUAUGAGUUCUAAUAAUAGUCUCUUUAUAAGAACAACUUUGAUAUGCUGUUUCUUUCAAUGAACAUUAUGCUUUCUUGUUUUUCAUUAUCCACAGGAGUGGCUCUAUCACAGCAUACAGUUUUAAGGGCUACAAUUAGACCUCUUGUUAGCUCCCGCUUUUAUCUUUGAUGGUUGUAUUUCAUCUUGAUUUGUGAUACAGUAAUAGGCUAAAAAAACUAUCAUGUUUGUGGUCCCUUUAUAUGGCUUUUAAUUAGUGAGGCAGCAAUGAUCUGGAUGAUGAGAAAAAGCAUUUUUCAAGUCAUGAAACAGUUUAAAAAUUUCACUUUUUAAAAAAUACUACAUUAAGCUUCUUCUUGUUAGGUGUGUAGCCCAUUCCUUUCUGCCUUGAAUUGAGAACAUAGUAACUCUAAUUAUUAAUCUCAUUUAGAAUCGUAGCACAGAAUUAUAUGGGUGUUAGUCUUUAAUGGCUUAUAACAGCUCCUAUUUUCUUUUACUUUUGGCAAAAAUAUAUUUUGGCAGAUCUUGGAAGCACCUUGAUAGCGUUGGGUCUGAUUUGUUGUCUUCCUGCCUGGGAAGGAAGUAAAGGAGAGAACCUUCAUUUAUAGAGCUAAUGUUUAGUAGGCUCUGUUCUAGUUGUAAGGCCUUAUUGAGGCAGAACUUCAAACCCUUAUUUUGCAGAUGAGGAAGUGAAAUGUAUCAUUAAGCAACCUCCUCAAGUGGUGGAACCGGGCUUUGAAUAAAACCAUUCCUCCAACGUCCCAAUUCAACAUUGUACUGGGCUGCAUCCAUGUGUUUUUGAAGGCUGCGCUCAAGUCUUAACCUCUGUGAUAAGCUAAUUUGACUCAUACUAAUAAUUUCUUCUUCAAACUUUGUGUUUGUGGUUGGUAUGCUCAUCCCUUAGUACUUGAUGUCUUAUGUUAACUACUGAUUUUUUCACUUGUCAAAUCAGAAACCCUAACCUCUUAGUUCUCCAAUUGAGAUUUCACGAUGCUGGACUAAGAUUGUUCUUCAUUCAUGGUUGGCUUCUGUUACAUAUGCUCUAUUUGUAUUCUACUAAUUUUCAGCACUGAUUGUUCUAAUCAUAGUUUUUAUUUCUUAUUUCCUUUUCCUUUAUUAUACUUUUUGUUGUUGUUCUUUCACCCAUUUUGUUUCAGAUACAUACUUGAAAUUUUUUUUUACUGGCAUCUUGAGGCUGUUUGCUUAAUGGAAGGAAGGUGGAAUGAUGCAAAGCACAUGGUAUUUGAAUUCCAAAGACCUUGAUCUGAGUAUUAACAAGUUGUUUUCUGAGCCUCAGUUAUUCAACUCUCAAAUAAGGUAAUGCCCAGAAGUAUUUUGAAAACUGGAAAGCCCCAUGUAGAUUUCCUUUAGUAGCUGUGCUGUUUCCACAUUUGUAGAUUUCUUAUAACUGUGGGAUGGUAUUGGGUAUAAAUACAGAUAGUUUUUAAGAUGUAUUUAAUAGCAUGUAAUCAUUCCAUGCCAUCAGAUCACAUUCCCCUUAUUCAGUUUUUUUUUAUUGAAGUGUGAUAAACAAUCGUAUGAACAUUUCACAGGAACAACAUUGUGGUUUCAACAUUCACCCAUAUUAUCAGGUCCUCACCCAUCCCUGCCUCUCCCCAAUUUCAGUCACUGUCUUAAUCAGUGUAGUAAGAUACUAUAGAGUCAUUACUUCUCCUUGUUGUACUGCCAUCCCCGUGACCUACCUAUAUUGUGAUUGUGAAUUAUAGUGCCCCUUGAUGCCCUCCCCCUCCCUUGUUCACAGUUUUUUUUAAGGCUGAAUCAUUAAGCUGUAUUACAAAGCCAGUAAUGGAUUUAGUCGUUGAAAGACAUGUAAAGUGAAUUGGUCUUUUUUUCCCAACUGCUAGCUAAGAAGUGGUCAUAAUAAUAAGGGAAAAAAAGAAUGUGGAAUGAAGAGCUAGGAUGUGUAAUAUGUAUACAAUUUUUAAUGGAUGCUAUUUUGUCAUUUUGUGUCUGUUGGAAACAGUCCUUUAUCAAACGUUUUUCACUGCUAUGUGCAGGCAGGCACUGAGAAUGUCUUGGGAUACUGGGAGUUAAUAAGAGAAGGUAUAUUCCUUUAAGAAAGAAAGACAUAUGGUGUACUUGUCUGGUUUAGAGGAAUGCCUGUGAUGAGGUAGGAACAAAAGAUAGGGCAUCUAGAGGGGUUAAGGAAACUUUCCUUACCAAAUGCUAAAGCUGAGGUUUGGACCAUGACUACAGAGCAGUUGGUUGGACUAAGGGGGAAACAGGAACUAGGCAUUCCAGUGAAGGAAUAUGUGGCAAAGGCAUGGGGAACAUCUUGUUGCUGGUAUUAGAAUUUUAAGGAAUAGCUUUGAUGGGGACAGUUGGAGGAGAUGAAGCUGAAGAAAGAGGAUGAAUUACCCAUGAACAUGUAUCAGUUCCUUCCUGUUCAAAGCGUACUAACUUUGGGUAGCCAUUUCUUGAAAGGUUAUGGAGGUAGUCUCUCAAGAGGUUGGUUUGUACCGUAAUCCACUGUGGUCAUCUAGAGCAAUUCUUUUUCUUCCUUGAAUUGAGCCAAAGGAGGGCUCUCAGUCAGUGUACCUCUAGCCCUAAGGACAGCUCAAGCAGUGAGGAAGGACUGAGGUACUGGUAGAGAACAACUUUGAAGAUGAACAGGAUGAUGGCUCUGAAGUGACAUGUGACUCCCAUUGUGGGUAUACAGUUGCAUAUUUCAGGACCACCUAUUGGCAGUAUGUCCUCAGAGUAGCUAAAUGUGGCUAAUUUCUCUGUGUGUUGACUUACAGGUAGUUUAAGGGUGGACUUGGGGAAAAUGCAGAUAUUCCUAGAGAUGUUCUAAUUCGUUGGCAUUUUGGAAGUGUUGUAUUGAAGAAGGACUUGUGAACUUUGUGCCAUUGGUGUCUCCAGCAGCACGCAAACCUCAGCACAUUUCUGUCAACCACCUGUUUGUUUUUUCUCUUGUUUGAGUUUCUUGCUGUUACUGGCACUGUGACCUUUCUGUUCUCUUUCCAUAAUUCAUCCUUUUUCUUUUCUGUGCCUGAGGUAGAGCAGUGGCACUCAGGGUUAAAAAGUUGUAGCUCCCCUUUGCUUUGUCACAACUUCAUAUACAGAGAGAUUUAAAAUUUUUCUUAAGUUCCUAGGUUCCUUUUUUUUUUUUUUUUGAGUCUUGUACUGAAGGAGAAACAAAGUCAUUCUUCCGAGGAGGGGAUUUUCAUAAAUAAAGAUAUUGGCAAUUUACUGAAAAGAAAAUAAAGGAAGAAUUUUAUUAACAGGUUUGGUGGUACUAGCCUUCUUAACUGAGUAAAGUACUUUACUGAAUGGGAUAUAUCUGUGUGUGUGUUUUUCAAUUUGUUCAUAUAAAGCAGGUGUUCUGUAUACUUUGUAUUUGUAAACAAUAACCAAUUGUGGGGGGAAGAAGAUUGCUUUGUACAAAAAGGUUGUUUUCUGGUUCCAAAACUUUGCUGCUGGAGAUGGUAAAUAAAUAUUGUACUGCUUUGCUGUGUUUAUCUCUUACGUUCUUACCUGUAUUGGAACAUAAAAUUCUUGAGAAAAAUUGCUGCUUUUCAAAAUUUUAUUUUACCGUAUGGCUCGAGUUGUAUGUUGGACAGAAGGGGCUUCUGAUAAACAGAACUUGUGGGAGUGCAAACUUGAGACCAACUAUGGACCAGAGCUUUUCGAUGGACAACAAUAAAUAAGCAGGCUAUGAAAUUUGUCUGAAUGAAGUACGCCGUUUCAGGAAUUGUAUUCAAACCAAGUGUACUAGUCAGAUGGGUGAUAGGAUGAAACCUGAAGUUAAUUCAUUCCACUUUUGCAGUUGCGUGCUCCUUAGCUUUCUCUGGACUUGGGGUCCCUUACAUAGACUAUAAAGACUGUGGAGGGAAUAAUCAUCCUCCAGUUGGUCUUCUGACUAAUCAGAGCCAGCUGAUAUUCAGGGAGAUACAACAAUAAAUAAACUAAUGCCUUGGAUUGUUCUGUCUAUAUCCUUUCUCCCUAUUCUUCACUCUCCCCAGGUCCCCCUCCCCCAUUUCAUCUUCCCUUAUAUAAUACUUUUCAGUAACCAGAAAGUGCCUUUGGUGGGUCAGAUAUGGAACUGGGUGAUUGUGAUCAAGUCUGGAUAAUAAAUUUUUACAGAGUGCUUUCUCCUAGUUUGUAGCACCUCAUCUGGUACAUGGGGCAGAAUUACCUAUUUCACAAGAGAGGUUCAGUGACUAUAUUCCUAUUUCCAAACAUAGUUGUUUUUGUUGGUUACUCAAGAGCUAAGUGCUUUUUAGAGAUGAGUAAUAAUUACUUUAAAAUGUAAUUCAAUUGUUGUAAAAAAGACAAACUGAUACAGUGCCACAAAGCUAUCAAAAAAUGAUAAUUUGUGAAGCACUGCUCUUUCAAUAUUGUGUUUCAGGAAUUGCUUUACAAAAGCAGAAUUACUCCUUUCAUUUCCUUUGACUUGAUCUUGGCAAAUAUUCCUAGAAAACUAGUUUAGUUAUGGUAGUAAGAAGUGACUUUAGAGGCUCAAGUUUUGGAUGAGCAGACGAGUGAAGAGUACUGUGAAAGAUCUCCCUGUGUUUAAUAUUAAGGAAAUUUAUUCAUGAGACCUUAGAACAUUUUUACAAAAUACUUUAUAGCUACUUCCCCCAGCAUUCAAUACUAGGCCGUUCCUGACUACCAAAGGCUAGUAGGAAGUGUAUGGCACUUGGCUUCUAAAACUACAAUACAUUUCAGGGUUGAGAGUGAAUGAUUCAAGAAAUAGGCAUGUAGAAAGUAUAUUUUAUGUAUGUAUUCAUCUGAGAUUAGUCAGAUGAACCGAAAUUCAGAUUCUACUAAAAUUUUCAUUAGGGACAUAAUUAGCUUCCUUGUGAAUGUAUCUGUUAAACAUUGAUAAGUUACCUUUGUGAUUGGAAAAGCUAAAAAUCUUGCUUUCCAUUUUUACAUUCCAAACAGGAAAAGAGGAAGGUUAGGUCUAAGAUGAAUAAGCUAAUAUUUUUAAGUUACAACUUUUAAUUUGACUAAAUAUGCCUUUAAUGUUUUAAAUACAAAUCAGUACUUACUUUUUAAACCCUGCAUAAAUUUUAUAAGUACAUUUUAGCUAAGUGCAUUUUCUUUAAAGUAAUGGUGUUUGACAUCAAACCUGUAUAAAAAUAUUUCUCAGUAGCCAUUAAGCCUGUUAAACUCAGAAUGAAAAUGACUUGACUUAAUUUUUGGUUAAUGUCAAUCCAGUCUUUGCACUUCUAGUGACAAAAUACAGAGGGAAAAAAGUUAAAUACAAUUACUAAUUGUUCCUUCUAGAUACAAAAUAUCUACCUAAAUGUAUGAAGGAU